AUGAGCUUAAAACUUAGCAGCCCAUUUCUCGGCAUUCCAGUUAAUGCCCCAUUAAAUGGUCGAAACCUUGCCAAUUCUCUGUAUCCGGGAAGAGUACAGUUAUCGAAAAUCCCUUUUCGGAAAUGUAUGUGUGUGAAAAAGCAUAGUGAUUGGGUGGCUCAAGCGAUUAGGUUCUCGCAUUUUUGUGGAAAGAAUGUGGAGUUAUUAAGGAAUGCUAUUGGGUUGAGAAAUGGGUUGAGGGUGGAAUGUGUGAAAGAGCCAUUUGUGCAAAGUAAGGCUCUUGUGAUGUCAUUGGCUCCUGUGUGGAAAGAGGGGUUGUUGAUAGUGAGAUGCUCGGUUUUUGGGGCUGUGAUAUCUGGGGUGUGUUUAUUGGUUUGGUAUGGGCAGAAUAGAGCUAAGGGUUAUAUAGAGGUGAAGCUUUUGCCUUCUGUUUGUUCGGUGCUUAGUGAUUAUAUUCAGCGGGAAAUUGAUUUUGGUAAGGUUAGGAGGAUUUCGCCUUUAAGCGUUACUUUGGAGUCAUGCUCAAUUGGGCCUCAUGGUGAGGAAUUUUCUUGCGGUGAGGUGCCUACUAUGAAGCUUCAAAUUCGUCCUUUCACAAGUCUGAGAAGGGGGAAGAUUGUGAUUGAUGCUAUUUUGUCUCAUCCAAGUGUUCUGGUCGUGCAAAAGAAAGAUUACACUUGGUUGGGGAUACCAUCAUCUGAAGGUGGUCUACAAAGGCACUUAUCCAAUGAAGAAGGGAUUGAUUUUCGUACGAAAACAAGGAGGCAUGCCCGGGAGGAAUCAGCUUCUCAGUGGAACAGAGAAAGGGAUGUUGAUGCUAAGGAAGCUGCAGAGAAGGGUUAUACUGUUCCUGAAAGAGAUCCUGGUAGAUCUGAAGAUGAUGUUCCAAAGAAUGAUGCAAUCCGUUCGAAUGCUCUAAGAAACUUCGUGUCUUUCCCUCUCAUGGACGAUAAGAUGCAUUGGAAGGACCAUCAUUGCAUGGACACGGGUCUUGAUUAUGAUAAGAAGCAUGCUCAUCUGGAGAAAUCUUUUGGUGUAAAAUUUCCUGGUUCAGGCCUUAAAUUAUGGUCCAGUGUGAUUAGAGGACCCAAAAAAAACAAAUUUAAGAGGAAGGUUGAUGGGAGUGAUAUCUCAGCAGCCAGCAUUAAUGCCAAAAGAAGAAUCCUUGAGCGUAGUGCCUCAGCAGCAGUUGCAUAUUUCCAGGGUUUAUACAGUGAAAAGUCUGAUGAGCCUUCUCAGUCAUCGUGUGCUUAUGAUGUUAUGAACCUCGACUCCCUUUUAGUUCAAAGGGGAGGUGAUUAUAAUCUGAACAUAUCUAUUGAUGCAAGUGGUGGUGAUGAAGACUUAACAGCUAAGAGCCAGAACAAAGACUCAGGAAACCAGCCACUGGAAGUGGAUCAGAAUGUUCAUGGUCAUAUAGACAAGUUUAGUAUUAUACGUGAUACUUUUCUUUCAACCGUUGUCCAACUCAUUGAAGUCCAAAAGGUCAGUGAAAAUUUGCCGCCUGUCAGAAAUGUAUCGGGAGAUGCUAAAACAAACAAUAUAAAUGACCUGGAUUUAGUAGUUGGUGCUGUAAAUAGACAAAUAGGUGCUGAUGACUUGGGCACUCAAAGCCGUCAUGCAUCUCAAAAUUUGACUUCUGAAAAGCUGGAGCCUGGUCCUGCAACAUACCUUCCAGUUCCCGGUUGGUCCUUUGGUUUGGCAUCUGACUUACUGUCUUUUUCAAGUAGUGUCAGCAAACUGCUGUCUCAUCUUCUUGCUGGGCCAUUUCAAAAGAUUAAGUCAGGUGUGGGUCCUAAAGUUGAGGAUAUCGUUGCAGAACUUGUUGAUGGGGAAGAUGUAGUGCAGUCUGAAGGAAUUGAGAAGAUGCUUCCUGUUUCACUGGAUUCUGUACAUUUCAAAGGUGGAACACUGUUGCUGCUUGCAUAUGGUGACAGGGAACCUAGGGAGAUGGAAAAUGUAGAUGGACAUGUGAAGUUUCAAAAUCAUUAUGGUCGUGUGCAUGUUCAGUUGAGCGGCAACUGUAGGAUGUGGAGAUCUGGUGCAAUUUCUGAAGAUGGUGGCUGGCUGUCUGCUGAUGUUUUUGUUGAUAUUGUCGAGCAGACAUGGCACGCCAAUUUAAAAAUAGUCAACCUCUUUGCUCCGGUAAGGUAUACACUGAAUUUGCUUUUUGAAAGGAUUUUAGAAAUUCCAAUCACAUGGUCUAAAGGGAGAGCCACUGGUGAGGUUCACUUGUGUAUGUCUAGAGGGGAAACGUUUCCUAAUCUUCAUGGACAACUAGACGUGACAGGAUUGGCCUUUCAGAUAUAUGAUGCUCCAUCAUGGUUUUCUGUACGUCUUUGUUUGAUAUCUUCUUAA